GUAAGCGCGCUGCUGCUGCGCAGAAACCCCCAGGCUCUAAAUUCUAUCUACAGUCUCCUUCCUUCUGCCUCCUGUUGGCUUCUUCACUUGUCUGGUUAUUUUCCAGCUUCAGCAGCAACAAACAUGUCGACCAGGGUUGCCGUGGUGACGGGCAGCAACAAGGGCAUCGGAUUGGCCAUCGUCCGAGCUCUGUGCAGGCUGUUCCAAGGAGACGUUUACCUGACGGCCAGAGACCUUGGUCGGGGUGAGGAGGCCAUAAAGUCUUUGUCCUCAGAAGGACUGAAUCCUAAGUUUCACCAGCUGGAUGUCAAUGACUUGAACAGCAUCAGAGCCACAGCCGAAUAUUUCAAAGAGAAGUACGGAGGAGUCGACGUCCUCAUCAAUAACGCUGGAGUGGCAUUCAAGGAUUCAGAUCCGUCUCCUUUCGCCGUCCAGGCCGAAGUGACCCUGAAGACAAACUUCUUCGCUGCCAGAGACAUGCUGCCUCACUUCCUGCCGCUAAUCAGACCUGGAGGUCGGGUGGUGAACGUGUCCAGCUCUCUCGGCUCCAACGCUUUGAAGAAAUGCAGCUCGGAUCUGCAGCAGCGUCUCCGUGGCGACGACAUCACCGAGGACGAGCUGGCCGGUCUGAUGCAGAGGUUCGUGGACGAGGCCGAGAAGGGCGAACACAAGCAGGGAGGCUGGCCGGAUACAGUGUACGGAGUCUCCAAGAUGGGACUGACGGUUCUAACUGUGAUUCAGGCUCGUCGUCUGUCCAAGGAGCGACCGAAUGACGGGAUUUUGGUGAACGCCUGCUGCCCAGGGUGGGUCCGCACUGACAUGGCGGGUGACAAAGCCCCUAAGUCACCAGAUGAGGGCGCCAUCACUCCGGUGUAUCUGGCCCUGCUGCCUCCUGGAGCCACAGAGCCUCAUGGGAAGUUUGUUUCUGACAAAGAGGUUCAGCCAUGGUGAAAAUAUUCAGGAAAAAUCUCAUAUAAAGCAGCUAAUUACCAAAUAUAUGUUAAAAAAUCCUGUGAAAUAGACUAAAACCAGCUGCAUCCAUCAUUUCAGAAACUAUUACAAUCAUAAAAUAGUUUCUAAGAAUUGAAACACAUUUAACAUGUAACAAAAUAAUUCCAGAGAAUACUGUGUUUGUCUGCAGAUUGUAUACAACAAUAAUUACACUUCAGUCUUUUAAAAUACAAUUCUCUCACUUUGCCUUAAACAUUUUUCUAAAAAUAUGUAUUACUGCCUUAAUUGCAUGAAAUAUUCUGAAAGUAAAACGCUUUUCUGCUACUUGUUCAACAAGAAAAAGGUCAAAAACUAAAAUUGGUCAAGAACAAGCUCGAACUUUGUGGAAGGUCAAAAGCAAAAACAUGAAAUUUAAUCAUAAAACACAGAAAAGAUGUGUUUUUCUAAUUAAAUUCAGUUGCCUAAAGUUACAAAAACAGUUUAAAUCUAAUUUAUUAUAAACUUUGGAUUAAACUAACACUGUUAUGUAGGUGUGUUGGUGAUAAAUGCAGAGUUUUAUAUGUGAAACUGCAAUAAAAGUACUCCAAAUAAAAGAAUUACACUUUUAACAACACACUCAAAAUGGAGAAAUAUAGAAACUGCACUUAUUUGCCUUAGUUUUUUACUGUGUAUUGUGCCAGAUAUGACCACUAUAACCUAUAUUUACCAGCGUAUAUGACAUUUGUGAUAUUAAUAUUGAUGUAUUUUGCUGUUCUGUUCUUGAUGUAUACAAAAAAUGAGCUCAAUAAACUGGUUUGAAGUCUGAAUAA